GCCGGGGGCGGGCCGCAGGUGCCGCUGCGGGCGGGGCGGAUAAAGCGGCGGCGGCGCCGCCCCCGGAAGGUGCCGGGAGCCAGCGCGGAGCGGAGCGGGGCCGGGCAGGGCCGGGGCGCCGCAGCCGCCGCCAUGGGAGCCGGGGCGGUGCUGCUGCUCGUGGCGGUUACAUUGUUGAUGAUUCCUGGAAAUAGAGCGGGUGAAUGUGAUGAGGGAGAAUACUUGCAUGAAGGUUACUGCUGUAAAUCUUGUCCAGCAGGUACUUAUGUUGCCCAGCACUGCAAUGCUUCACACAUGAGAGGAACGUGUGCCCCUUGCACUGAAGGAGAAGACUAUACUGCUCAUGCGAAUGGCUUGGAAAAAUGCUUGCCAUGCAAGCUGUGUAAAGAUGAUCAAAUAACUUCGAGGACUUGCACUCUGACACAUGAUACUGAAUGUCAGUGCAAACAAGGGUACUUCUGCCCUGCUGAGGGCUGUGAAAUAUGUCAGAGAUGCAGCACAAAGUGUCCGGAAGGGAAAGAAAUUGUUCAGAAUUGCAAUGCCACAAUGGACCUAGGAUGUGGUUUACCUGGUCAAGGAAGUGCAUCUUUAAUUUGGGUUAUUGUAGCUGGUUCUGUGUGUUUCAUUUUGGUGCUGUUCUUCUUGGUAUUUAGAAAAUUGAAGAGUGAUAAAGCUGCUUCAAAAAGUAAAGAUGCAGAAAAAGGUCUGGAAUCUGAAGGUGGUAUUAAAAGUCUCAUUUUAUCUGAAGUGGAGACAGCUGCAAAUAAUGCAGCCAGCACAGAGAAUGAGAAGUCUGGGGAGAACCUGGAAGGUAAAGCACAUACCAGCAUUAACUCAGAAGCAGGAAACGAAUCACUAGAGGAUGCUGGUGCUGAGCUUUCUGAGAGAAGCACCAUUCUACCCAGCAGCUUGCGGUGCCAGAUAGAAAGGUUUUGGAAGAGGCUCAAAAAGUCUUCAUUAUCAGGAAAAACAAGGCCGAAUCCUACUUCUUGUCCGAAUGCCUGGUUUAAGGUGGCAAGUGGUAGGAUGCCAGCAAAUCACAUGGUAAAAGCACCGAAAUAUCAAAUAAUAGUUAAAGAUCUCUCUCAAAAGGAACUGAGAGAUACCUUUGAGGCUUUUAUAAAUGAAGUACCACUGAAAAAAUGGAGGUGGCUUAUGAGAACUUAUCUGAAGGAGAAUGCUAUUGAUAAAAUUAUUUAUGACCACCCUAAUGAUAUAAGAGAGCAAAAUUAUCAAAUGCUUCUCAUCUGGAAAAACACACUGGGAGAGAAACAAUCUAUUAUUAAGUUAUUGGAUGAGUUAAGCCAUCUAGAUAUCAAGGCUUAUGAUAAUGUAUUGAACUCUUUAAAAAGUAAUAACAUUAUAACUAAGUUGCAAGUCACAGAUUAACGUUUCUGAAAAGGUAAUAACAUAACAAGUUGCAAGUCACAGAUUAACAUUUCUAAAUUGACUUUAUAAAUGUUUCUGUACAUAUGCGUCUAUGAAUUUUCUAUAUAUGAGGAUGUCAACAGACUGCUAGUAAAACUAUUAGGGUUGACUUCAGGAUAUCCUCUUACCCUUCAGUGACUCAGGGAGUCAAAAGUGCUUUGAUAUGGUCAGUGGCUAGCCAUGACAAGGACUCUGGUUGUGUUGUUCUUUAAGGUCAUUUUAGUUGUGCUGUAUUAAACUUGGCUACCAAAUGGCAAUGUGUGAGGCACUUUGGUGGCUUUUCCUUCAUGGGCGGAUGGAUGUGGACUGUGCCUUAUCUAGCUGUUAUGUAGUAAACCAUGAACGGUGUUAUUUUUUUAAGAGCAGAAAGGCUGCUAUUGUUUUGAGAGGUUUAACUGUACUGGUUUUUGAAACAAUCCUGUUCUGUUUGUCUUAGGAGACAAAGCCUUUGGUAUCCUAAGAACUGUUAUUUUAAAGUACAGCAAUAAAACCAUGUAGAGCCAGAAGCUA